UGCACGUGUGGCGUCGGGGGUCUGGACCUAACCUAAUGUAAACACGCCGGGGCCCUCUGGUGGCUGCUUGGUGGCGUCAGGCGUUGGGGAAUUUCAUCUGAGGCCCGAAGUCCAAGCAGGCGACUGGUGAGUGGACCGAGAACGGACCCAGAAGGAACCGCGGGGUCCCUGGGAAGAGCGUUGUGUGUGAUCAGCGUUGGAAAAGAUGCCAUUGCCCGCUACCACAUAUGAAAGAGUAGUUUACAAAAACCCCUCUGAGCACCACUACAUGAAAGUCUACCUAGACUUUCAAGAUCAUGGAGUUGAAGUGAAUGUUGCCCAGUUCAAACAGCUGCUUGUGUCUGCUCUGAAGGAUCUGUUUGGGGAGGUUGGGGCUGCUUUACCUGUGGAUGUCCUAACCUUUGAAGAGAAGACCUUGUCAGCCAUCUUGAGAGUACCUAGCAGUGGUAUGGCCAAAUUGUGGAGCUCUUUGACCCUGUUAGGAUCCUAUAAAGGCAAGAAAUGUGCUUUUAGAGUAAUUCAGGUUUCUCCAUUUCUCCUUGCAUUAUCUGGUAAUAGUAGGGAACUACUAUUGGAUUGAAUAGUCCUCAAUCUCUGAAAGCUUUCUUCACUCUCAAAAGUAUUUUUGGUGCUUGCAUAAUUUGAAAACAGAAGCAGGCUAAAAACUCCUGCUGGUGAAAUUUGAAGAUGCUGAAGAUGUUCUGGAUAAUUUCCAACCAACACCUGUGGUGGCAUGGGCUUCGGCGGAGAGUCUGCCUGAGUGCACCAAUGCUGACCCCACAGUGCUUUCAGAAUGUGUCUCUGCACGUUGGAGACCGGGCUGAGCUCAGCAGGGCCUUCACACACAGGGAUGUGACUGUCUUCUCACAAUUAACUGGGGAUGUCAAUCCUUUGCAUUUAAAUGAAGAUUUUGCAAAACAUACCAAGUUUGGAAAGCCAAUUGUACAUGGCGUUCUGAUCAAUGGACUUAUCUCAGCUCUUCUGGGUACUAAAAUGCCAGGGCCAGGCUGUGUAUUUCUUUCUCAGGAAAUUAACUUCCCAGCCCCGUUAUAUAUUGGAGAAGUUGUUUUAGCUUCUGCAGAAGUGAAAAAGCUGAAGCGGUUUCUUGCUGUUAUUGCAGUAUCAUGUACUGUAAUAGAAAGCAAAAAGACUGUUAUGGAAGGCUGGGUUAAAGUUAUGGUCCCAGAAGCUCCCAGAUCCUAAAGUGUGUGUUCAGAGUUGCAAGUUAAGUACCAGUGCUCUGGUUACUAAAGACAGCUGAGGAAAUGGGCUGCUCCUCCUUACGAGUGGCUGAUAGUCUCCAAAGCCCUAUGGAAAAGAGGAGCAGCAGGCCCAGGGGUGUUCCAGUGCCCACUUUUCAGUUUGACUUUGUACUUUAUCCAGACUUGAUUUUAUCAAGUCUGUCUAGGUUGUUGAAGUUGAAAAAAUACUGAGGUAUUUAUCUGAAUUUACCAAAAAGUUCUACUUUUUGAACUUCAAACAGAGAUUUGCAUUAGAUUAUACUACCUACAUCUCUGCAGAAUAAGUUUCUCACAGAAUUUCUAACUGUCAAACAUUUAAUAACUGGAGCGGGGCACUGGUGGCUCAUGUCUGCUACUCAGGAGCCUGAGAGCUGUGGAUCACUGUUCAAAGCCAGCUCUGGCA